AUGUCAGCAGCUGCUCGAGGUCAAACUGCAUUCGCCAAUGGUGAUUACCCUGCGGCUAUCGAGCACUUCACGAUAGCUUUGAAAGAACAACAAUCCCCCCUUUGGCUUAUCCAACGAUCCACGGCCUACCAGCGAACCAAACAACACGAGCUCGCCCUUGCAGACGCUGACAAUGCCACUCUUAUUGCGAUCCAGCGCGCUCGUCGAGAACAAAUCGCAACCGCUCAAUUCCGUCGUGCGGUUGCUCUCCACGCGAUGGGACGAUUCGGAGACGCGAGGCUAUGUCUGAAUUGGUGCCAUAAGAAGAAUGAGAAGGAGAAGGGACUGACUAUGUGGAUUGCAAAGAUUAAGAAGGAUUAUGACGCUGCUGGAGGUGACAAUGCCGAGUGCAAUAAGACGACUGUGAAGGAAAUCCCAGAGAAGGCAGGGGCAGGUUCAGAGACCAACAAAUCAAACACCAAAGAGAAUGUGAAGCCUGCUUCUAGUUCCACACCUGCCGCCGCGCCAAAAGCUCUUGCUGCUACGCCAAAGGAGAAGAUUAGACAUGAAUGGUAUCAAUCACCAACUACCGUUACAAUCGAGGUGUUUGCCAAGGGUGUCCCCAAGGACAAGGCUGAGGUUGUCAUUGAGGAGGGAAAUCUUGAGGUUCGAUUCCCGGUUCUUGCUUCAGACAGCACAUACGAUUUCACUGCCAGUCCUCUCUUCUCUCGAAUUGACCCAUCCAAAUCAUCCUUCCGAAUUACUUCCCACAAAAUCGAAAUCGUUCUGCACAAAGCUGUUCCAGGAACGAAGUGGUCAUCCUUGGAGGGUACAGAAGCAAUUGCGUCCGCGUCAGAGCCAGACAGAAUCCCCGCAGCUGUCCUGAAUCCUACCGAGACAGCACCAGUCUACCCAACAUCAUCGAAAACCGGUCCAAAGAACUGGGAGAAGCUUGCUGGUGAAGAGAAAGAUGACGACGAUGACGAUGUGAAUGGCUUUUUCAAGAAAUUGUACAAAGGAGCCGACGAUGACACCAGACGAGCUAUGAUGAAGAGUUAUCAGGAGAGUAAUGGUACUGCACUGAGCACAUCGUGGGGAGACGUUGGUAGCAAGAAAUAUGAGACUACACCACCUGAUGGAAUGGAAGCCAAAAAGUGGGAGUCUUGA